AUGUCUGCACUAGACAUGGCGACGUUGGAGGUUGCCGGGGUUACAAUGUUUAUCAUGGCCUUGAUCGUCCGUUUUGGUGUUUUUAGUCGCAGCAUCUCGCAGCAUCCCGAGAUGGAAUGGGCAGAGGACCGAAAGAUCCAAGCUAGUGUACUUAGCAAAGCCCCAGGUUUUGGAGCCGGUGAGAUGGUCGUCUUGGGGGGGUGUCCAUUGCACUGGAGUGUUUGUGGAGUUCGCACCAAGCAUCCCGAACUCACCCUCUCUCCUCGUAUGGCCACGACGGAACAGCCCCAGCACCACUACAGGGAGGAGGGGGGUUCUGGGGAAGUCUGGGGAUGGAGAAAGUGCGACCCUGAACAGCUAGGAAGCUUUGACAGGGGGCGGCCCAGCUGCUCAACAAGAGUUGGGAAGCUUGGGCCAUCAAGGUUCCGCUUCCAUUCUGGCAACGCACAGCACCCCGCGAGCGAGGCGGUCAGUCCGUUGUCGGUCUCCCAUGGUGAGGCUUCGCUCAAUUCCACUUUCUCCUACAACACAUCGCCCCCCGCGGGCCCGACACAGCGCCGUUCAGUUCCAAGACCACAAGCGAAAGCAAAGCAAUUCAACCCCAGAGCUGUCCAGACCAUUGGCUACCAGCACCAGGCUUGA